GAUCACUCGAAUUUGUGAAUACAUGUAACUUGUAAGUACACGAUUUAGUAUUCAAACCUAUUGUGAAUUAUUUAGGCCAAGACGAGCUACAUCGUGAGAGUACAUCGUAUUCCAGCAUUUUGAUCAAACAGAGAUUUUUAUCGUAUGAACGGAUAUAGGUGGUUCGAGGAAAGUACCCAAUUAGCAACUGGGUGAGAGUGGCAAAGUGUGGAUUGACGCCUUGCCAAAGGACGCUAGGCCAUGGUGGGAUUCGAACACACGACCCUCUGAUAACAAGACGAGAGUCAGAACCGCUACACCAAGGCGCUUCCAUACAUCUAAGAACGAAGGAUAGGAAAAUCAUUCUAUCAGUCUGAUGAGGAAACAUGAUCGAACUUAGAUCAACAUCGUUUGGGAGAAUCAGAGUAGAGUUUCCAUCAUGGCUGACACAUUAAAAAAUGUCAUCUCCCAGAGUACAGAAUGUCCUGUAUGUCUCUCGACCUUCACUGAUCCCAAGAUCCUGUCUUGUUCUCACACCUUCUGCAAGCCUUGCCUGGACAACCUCUUGGAGUGCCAUGGUAAUUACCAGAUCCGAUGCCCUGUCUGCAGAGCUGUAACCCAGGUCCCAAACCAAGAUGUCAGCAAACUACAGGUAAAUCUUGCUUUGAGGAAUCUAAUAGAGGACAUGAAGUGUCAUCCUCAGAUUUGCACGAGUUGUAAGUCCGAUGACACGCCCAGUGCUGCUGUCUACUGCCAAGACUGUGGCAAGUAUCUCUGCACCACUUGCCUUAACACCCACUCUCAAUGGGGAGAUUUCAUCGAUCAUGAAGUCAUAGCCAUGAGUGAGAUAUCAUCAGGGAAGGUGACGAUACGUAGAUACCGGAAAUGCAGGAAACACCCAAAAGAAGACGAGGAGUGCUUCUGUUCCAACUGCAGUAGAUUCACAUGCUUCAAGUGUGUUGUCAUGGAACAUAAAGACGAAGCUAAGCACCAGGUCAUAGAGGCAACUGCUUAUGAGAACAGACACAGGGAGAGCAUCGAAGACAUAAAAUCAAAGGUGGAUGAGAAGCAAGCAUGCUUUCAGAACUACUUAGAUUUCAUCGAUGAACAGUGGAAACUUGUGAGCAAUGCUAAGAAAGGGUGUAUAGAUGAUAUCAACAAGGCGUACGCUUAUGCAGUCCGGCAGCUGACAGAGAGAAGAGACAUCCUGCUUGGAGAAGUCAAGGAAAAGACUGAAGGAGUAGAGAAAGAACUGAAAGAGAUGAAGACAUCGGCUCAGAAGUACAUCAAUCAGCUGACGACAGUUGCUGACAUGGUAACCAACAGAACAAAGAUACCGUUCGAUAUGGAUACUUUGGCUGCACACGACACUCUCUGUGAGGAGAUACGAGAGGCCUUUGAUCAAGAGGAUCCUGACUACGAGAAGCCCAGGAAUUCAAGCAAGAAAGGGAAACGUGUCAGUUUUGAGAGAAACGUUCGAAAGGACAAGUUAGAUCUCGGUAAGAUUGUUCAGGCAGUUGAAAAGAACGUCGCUUUGCCUACUAAGAACAGCAUGAAUUCCAUGAUUAGUACUCCAGAUGAUAGGAUGGCAGUAGGGUGCUGGACAGGUGGCAUCAACAUCGUCUCUUCUGACGGCGAAUUCCAACAGACAGUUCUCAAGGAUGUUGUGAUUCGUGCGGUAGCGUUCCUCUCUGAUGGUCGAUGCAUUGUGAUCAAUAGUGUAAACUAUAUCACACUCUACACACCAGAAUAUGAAAAAUUGAAUGUAAUGUUUGAGUCUUUAGGUGUAGAUGAAGGCGGCUUUGCUAAACUCACUGUUGGUGGUGAUGAUCUGAUCUAUGUGAGCUACAGAAAAGCCCAAAAGAUCCUUGUAUUUUCAGCAGCAGGUGGGCAAGCAGUCAGGGAGAUACCAUGCAAUGGAUAUACGCCAACGCAAAUCAAUAGUUACGAUGACUCUCUUCUCGUUAACAACAACACAGUGGAUACUUUACGAAUGAUAGACAAAGAAGGUGUUGUACAACAUACAUUAACCAAACCUGGUAGUUCCAUUUUUGCUGCUGUAUCUCAAGGUAAUCUCAUCCUGGUAGCCACGGUGAAGCUUGAAGAAGGGUUGGUGAGUAUUGACGAGUAUACAAAUGAGCUUACACCCAUUCGAAACCUUGUUAAUGAGUACAAGAUUGAAAAGCCUCAUAAGAGAAAAUGGUAUUAUCUCCAGCAAUACCGAUCAGGCGAGAUCGCUUUCUGCACCACGGACAGACUCUAUAUAUUCCACUGAUAAUAAAUGAUCAACUUUUGUGACUUUACAGUGUUAUGGUACGUUUAUAUCCCGAGGAUGGGGGGUCAUUAUUAUUAUUAUUAUUUAUUGGUAUAUACGCACAUAAAUAUUGACCAGCAGCACAAGCUGAAAGGGCCAAUUUACAAAAAUUCAUGAAGUACAAUAUACAGAUAUAACAAAGCAAAUGCAAAGCAAAUGAAUAAAACCGUAUCUGAAUUUACUGAAUUGUCCCUUUUUAAUAUUAUUGUUGAAACUGAUUUAUAUAAAUCAUUUAAUGAUAUCUGUGACGUCACGAACUACGUUUUGUUCAGUUAAAUAUUUAUUUUAUAUUAAACGAAUUUCCGCAUUACGAGACAACUAUAAUUGAUGGGUUUGAAUUUAGUAUGCUUGAAUUGGCUUCAGUCAUUUGUCGGUAUUGCUUAGCUAACAAAUGCGUGACAUGGUACAACCAAGAAGAUUCUAUGACUGGAGUUCCAACAGGCAACAAAUUUAUUCAAGCAGCUUUUCAUUUCUAAAGAAGCACAAAAGAAAGAACGGCAAUAAGAACCUUUUUGAUGUCCGCCUUCAAAGCCUUCAGUUUCAAUGAAUAAAUCCGAAGGAAGAAAUUUUACGAAUAUUCAUUUGUAUCAAUUUUUCAUGUUUCAUAUUAAUAAACAAACUGAAGUUUGAAUGCAUGACAAAACAUCAAUAACAAAGCACAAUUACGACGAUAUAUUUGCCCAUAUUAUAUCAAUUAACCUUUAAUUAGUG